AUGGCCGCGAAGAGGCCUCACGCGGCUAUGAACGCCCAGGCCGAAGAAGACGAUCCAGUCGAUCCCUCAGACGAGCUGACCUUUCUGGUUUUGGGUGGUGGUAACGAAGUGGGCCGAUCAUGUCACAUCAUACAGUACAAAGGCAAGACAGUGAUGCUGGACGCGGGCAUACACCCUUCGUAUGAAGGCCUCGGGGCGUUACCUUUCUACGACGAGUUCGACCUGAGUACGGUAGACUUGCUACUCAUAUCUCACUUUCACCAAGACCAUUCUGCUUCACUACCUUACGUUCUUGCGAAGACCAACUUUGCUGGCAAAGUCUAUAUGACCCACCCAACCAAAGCUAUUUACAAGUGGACCACGCAGGACGCAGUUCGCGUGCACAAUACCCAUACUCCCGCUUCGUCGACAUCGGGCACGGACGGAUAUGUCAGCCAGCUUUACACUGAACAAGACAUCCUCUCCACGCUACCUUUGAUCCAGACCAUCAGCUUCCACACCACACACUCACACAAUGGCAUUCGGUUCACCCCUUACCCAGCGGGCCAUGUCCUGGGGGCCUGCAUGUACCUUAUUGAGAUUGCUGGACUCAACAUCCUCUUCACAGGUGAUUACAGCAGGGAGAACGAUCGCCAUUUGAUUCCAGCGUCGGUGCCGAAGAACGUCAAAAUUGACUGCCUCAUCACGGAAUCGACAUUCGGCAUAUCGACCCGGACGCCGCGACAGGAGCGCGAGAAUGCACUCAUCAAGUCCAUCACAACGAUACUCAAUCGCGGUGGCAGGGUGCUGAUGCCGACCACUGCUGUUGGUAAUACACAAGAAUUGCUUCUUAUCCUGGAAGACUACUGGCAGCGACAUGAAGAAUACCGACGAUUCCCGAUUUACUACGCAUCAGGGCUUGCUCGAAAGGUCAUGGUUGUAUUUCAGACGUAUGUCGACGACAUGAACGACAGCAUCAAGGCCAAAUUCCAAGCAAGCGCAGCGACUGCUGGUGAUGGCGGAAGCGCUGGGCCCUGGGACUUCCAGUACGUACGAGCACUUAAAGGCGUCGAUCGCUUCGAGGAUGUCGGAGGAAGCGUGGUACUUGCCAGUCCUGGUAUGCUACAGAAUGGACCGAGUCGAGCUCUGCUGGAACGAUGGGCACCAGAUGCGAAGAACGGUGUUAUCAUCACUGGCUACAGUGUUGAGGGCACUAUGGCCAAGCAGAUCAUGCUCGAGCCGGACACCAUUCCUGCUGUCACUACAAACCGUAGCGCUGGCGUGACGCUGGGAAAGAGACCCGGGAUGGCUGACGGUGAGAUCCAGAUGAUUCCACGAAGAUGUGGCGUCCAGGAAUUCAACUUUGCCGUGCACGUUGACGGGCAAGAGAACCGAGAAUUCAUUGAGGAGGUCAACGCACCUGUUGUGAUCUUGGUGCAUGGCGAGAGACACAACAUGAAUCGUCUCAAGAGCAGGUUGCUCGGCUUGCAGAAGAUGAAAGUUUACUCGCCUGCCAACUGCGAAGAGGUUCGCAUACCGUUCAGACAGGACAAGGUCGCACGAGUCGUUGGAAAAUUAGCGAACCAGAUCCAGCCUCCUACUCUAUUACCAAGCCCGCCAGACUCGAACGAUGAAGACGACGAGGCUGGAGAGAGCAAGAAGCUGAAGGCUGAGGAUCAGGGGCUCGGUCAGGUGGUCAGCGGCGUGCUUGUGCAGAACGACUUCAAGCUAUCACUCAUGGCACCCGAAGACUUGAAAGAAUACGCUGGCCUCACCACCACGACAAUCGUUUGUCGCCAACGUAUCACGCUCGCAUCCGCCAGCGUGGACCUGAUCAAGUGGGCCCUAGAAGGCACAUUCGGCACAGUAUCAACCACGAACCCCGAGAAACCAGAGACAAACGGCACAUCCAAGAACGAAGCUGCCGACGAGGAACUCCCUCGCCACGAAGACACAACUCUCGAAGUCAUGGGCGGCGCUGUCCGCGUGAACUGCAAAGCACAGGGCGAAAUCGAGCUAGAGUGGGAAGGCAACGCGACCAACGACAGCAUCGCCGACGCCGUCAUGGCCGUGUUACUUACAGUCGAAAGCUCGCCCGCCGCCGUGAAGCAGAGCAGCAAAGCCCACGAGCACGUUCACGACGGAUUCGGAGACAGCCCGGUGGAGACGAAGACGAAUGGCGCAUUUCCGAAGAAGAACCCUCACGCUGACCUGACUCCCGAAGAGAGGUUGAACAGGCUCUUCAUGUUCUUGGAGGCACAGUUCGGUGGAGACGCAGUCAACCCCAUCUCGAAGCCGAAACUUCCAACCGCUGCUGCUAAUGGAGACGCUGCUGGAGACGACGUAGCGAUGGAGAUGGACGACGUGGCUCGGGAGAAGGCAGAGGCGACUGAGCUGGCACGGCUGCAUGCGUUGGGUAUUCCUGUUCCGGGUGUUGAGAUUAAGGUGGACGAGACGAUUGCUACGGUGUGGUUGGAGAAGCUGGAGAUCGAGUGCAAGAAGGCAGCGCUGAAGGAUCGCGUCAAGGCGGUUGUGGAGAGGGCAGUCGAGACCGUUGCUCCGUUGUGGCAGUAG